AUGGGACUUUAUUCUACAAUAAUAAAAAUUAUAGAAUAAGAAUGGGAGGGGUUUUAUAAUAUUUAAUUGGAUAGUAGUAACUUUUAGUUAUAAAUUUAUAGCACAACGUCAUAAAAUAUAUGAUUUCUUUUUAACGUUUGUAGUUGUUAAUUAUAAUUUAUACUAUCCUAUAACAAAAUAUUUUUCAAUGAAAAUUAAUAUGUAGAUCGCUAUUUUAUAACAGUUGGCACUUUUGGGUAAAUCAAAAUUUAAAUAUUGUAGUGUGAUCAAUAUUUUUAAUUUAGAUAUAAAAUUUUUAUAAUCAUCUUUAGUGAGUUUAAGUAGGAUAUCAGAAGGAGAUUUUAGGAAUUAGCUUAUAAAAUAACAAUCUUUGCAUCUCUUUAUUUAUAAAAUUUGUAUUUCUUGAUCAUUUGAAAAGAGCAACAACAUUAAAGGGUAUAUUUGAUUUAACAAAUAUUUAAACUUCAUUAUACAUAUUAAAGCAGAAAAAAAAUUUAUUUAGUUUAGAAAGAUGAUUUGAAAGAAUUUUAUAAAUAAAUAUUGGAGGACAUCGAUGAUUAUUUGAAUAAUAUGAAAAUUCAAUAAACUACAAAUUCAGGAAGGUUCGGAUCUAUCUGAGGUUAAGAUCCUAUUAAUUAAACUUAAAGAAAAUAAAAAUUAAAACCAUAUUUGUUUGAAUUAUUUCUUAAAGAUCAAAAAUAUAGAAGAUUGCUAUAGAUGAUGGUUAAAUUGAAAAUAAUUAAAUACUAAGAGAGGUUUUUUAUGAGUAAAAAUAUUAUUCGAUAAAAUUAAUAAAGUUUUGAUAUUUAUCCUUGUUUUAUUCUUAUAUUAUAAGAAAAGAAGAUAGAAGUUAAAUUAGAAGAAUUUUCUUUGAGAAAUGAAAUGAGAAAGAAAUCAUUAGAUUAAACUUCAUUAAUAUUUAAACAUUAAGUUCGUAUUUCUUUUAUGGAUUUAUAAAUUUGCAAAUAAAAAAAGAAGAAAUUUUAUUAAUAAAUAGAUGUUAAUAAUCUAUUUAUGGAUAAAGUAUUAAAGCUAAUAAUGAUUUUUUUAAAUAAUUGA